CCUCACGCUCAUUUCCAACAUGGCGGCGUCCGAGGCGGUGGCGCUGCUGGAGACGCUGCGAGCGCAGGCGGCGGAAGUGGCGGCGCACGGGCGGGAGAUGCUGCGGAGAGUGAGGGGGGGGCAGCUGGACACCAAAGAGGGCGUGUCCCUGGUGCAGGUGCGCUGCCACGCCCUCCUGAGCUACCUGCAGGACCUGGCCCUGCUGGGCUGCGCCAAGGCCCGGGGGGGGUCCCUGGGGGGCUCGGGGGGAGCCCGGGACAGGCUGCUGGAGACCAGAGUGGUGCUGGAGAAGCUCCGCCCCCUCGAACAGCGCCUCAAACACCACCUGGAGAAACUGCUGAGGGCGGCGGCCUCGGGGGGGCGUGGUGCCGAGGACCCGCUGAGCUUCCGCCCCGCCCCUUCCAACAUGGCGGCGCAGGGCGCUGAUGAAGAGGACGAGGGCGAUGAAAGCGACGAAGGCCGAGGGGGCGGAGCCAAAGCCCCGGGGCUGGGGGGGGGGCGGCGCCGCUACGUCCCCCCGAGGCUGGUGCCCGUCAGCUGCGACCCCCCCUCCCCCGGUUCCCGCUCCCAGCUCCGUUCCCGGCGCCGCGCUCUGAGCUCGGCCGUGAUCCGGGAGCUGCGGGAGGAGCUGGGGGAGGGGCCCCUCGAGGUGGGGGAGGGGCUCACACGGACCCCAAAUCAUCAAAAACACAGGGUGCAGUUCGAGGAGUCGAUGCUGCAGCGCCUCAGCGCCCCCUGGAGGCCGCGGCGGCCGCGGGGGGCGGGGCCUGAGCUCGAUGACGUCACCAAGUUCGGGGCUUUCCCCGCCCUCCUGGGGGAGGCGGCCAAUCAGGAGUCGUCGGAGCCGGCGAAGAAAAAACGGAAAAAACAAAAAAUGGGGAAAAGGAAAGGGAAGAGAGGUUUCCGUCGCCGCCGUUGAUUCUCCCAAUAAAGUUCCGGAAUUUUCCGCCUCGUUUGCAUCUCA